AUGCCUACCAGACUUCCCCCUGCCGACAAGCUUCCCCUAGCUCUGCGAAAGAACAUCCGGGAUACUUGGGAGACAAAGCUACCUGAUCUUGAGAAGCAAUUAUCAGACGUCCUGGGCGUGUCAUGGACCGUCGACAUUGAUCCUAAGGCGGUCUAUCCGUAUGCCGUCGAGGGCUACGCUAAAGAGUCUCUGGGCAGCUGUCUUGUCGAGUAUGUUGACAGCGCCAUCUACCAGCUGAAGUCAUUCAAGGACAACUACGGCGCAGACGGCCUCGAAGAGCUCAACAAGUUCUGCUCUGCCCAUAUCCUUACCAUGGACCUGGAUGAGGAGCAGAAGUUCAGCUACUGCGGCUGUGACGUGAAAGAUGGCAAGCUCCGCAUUCUGUUCGGCGAGACCAGACUGGCAGUCAACAUCAGCGAUGCAGUCCAGAAGGAGUACCUUCACAAGGCAUUGAACGAAGCGCCUGCGCCAGAAGGCAGCGAAGAGACCUUCAGCUAUGAGGCCCGUUCUAGUAUCAAGAACGACUACGAGAGCAAGAUUGGGGAUGUGCAGAAGAAGAUCGGUACCAUACUGUCAAGGCCAGAGAUCAAGCUUGUGCCAAACUUCCAAGACACCUAUGCCAAGCUGACGGCAGAGAGCAAGAAGAGCGGCACAUCUUUGCGAUCUGACUGGCAGACUAACAUCGGGAGCUGGACCUUCUCAUACUUUGAUGGACUUGCCACCCAGCUGGACUGGCAGAAGUUCGGAAGUGAUGAACUCCUGCAAGAGGGCUUCAAUGAAGCGGUCGAGAAACAAGCGAUCGCCUUCCGAAUAGUCGACAAAUUCAAGUAUGCCUCUUAUUGUGAGGUCGUGGUCGAGGACGGAGUUCUAUACAUCCAGACAACUGCUGAGAGAUGGGGUGUCAACAUCACUGACGCCGCCGAGAAGUUGGUCGAUCAGCUGUGA